UUCAUUUUUGUCCCUUUUUUGUUUGUUUCUUUUCUUUUUAUUACUCUGUGGUAAUUUUUUCUUGUAUUCUAUCGAUUGCAUAAAUGCGCAUAAUAAUAAACCAUUCAUCCUCCUGCAUGCUCAUUAUAAUAUGCAAAUACGGGGGCGUGGCGUCGCGCCAUGCCGUCAUCAGAACUAGACAGCGGUGCGGUCACGUGCUCCCCGCAUAGAAUCCUCCAGAUCAAAGAUGGCGGCGUACAUGCGAGCGUGGAGAUCGUUCAGUCCGGCGUCCGGCAGCGCGUCCUCCGCCGCUUCAGUCGCGAUCAGAGCCGGGUUAAACGCGCUCCUCCCGCGCCGCUUCCUCCACCUCCACCUCCACCGCUCCUACUCCAGCAUUUCCAGCAGAAAGUCCUUAUGCGACGCCAGGAUCGCAGCAUCCGUGAUGAGCGGCCGGUGGAGUCGGGUCACGGCGGGCUCCGGCGGCUGUCAGAGGCGCUUUCUGUUCGGGCAUCAGGGCAGCGGCUUCUCUGGAGAGGACGGAGCCGAGAGCAGCGCCGGGUCUGCUGGAGAUGAUGAGUCCGGAGGUGAUGAAGGCCCCUACACUCCUCCUCCUCCUCAGAUGACAGCGCUCACCACGAUGCUUGUGCCCGAGGUCUUCCCGAACCUGCCGCUCAUCGCCGUCCACAGAAACCCGGUGUUUCCCAGAUUCAUCAAAAUCAUCGAGGUCAAAAACAAGCCUCUCAUGGACCUGUUGAGGGGUAAAGUGCGUCUCGCUCAGCCAUAUGCUGGUGUUUUCUUGAAGAAGGAUGACAAUAACGAGUCGGAUGUGGUGGAGAGUCUGGAUGCGGUUUAUCACACCGGGACGUUUGUGCAGAUCCACGAGAUGCAGGACCUCGGAGACAAACUUCGGAUGAUUGUGAUGGGACACAGAAGAAUCCGCAUCAAUAAGCAGCUGGACGUGGAUCCGGAGGAGCCGGAGUCGCUGGAGGUGGAGGGCGAGCAGCCGAAAGCUCUGCGGCGGAAGCAGAAACGGUCGCGCAAGGACUCGGCGUCGCUGCCGGAGGUGAUGGAGGAGAAGGUGCGGGAGGCGGAGCUCGUGGUGGAGGCGCUUCCUCUGCCCGGCGUCCUCAUGGUGGAGGUGGACAACGUGGUCCAUGAGGAGUUCCAGGUCACAGAAGAGGUCAAGGCCCUGACUGCUGAGAUCGUCAAGACUAUCCGUGACAUUAUUGCUCUGAAUCCACUGUACAGAGAGUCUGUGCUCCAGAUGAUGCAGGCGGGUCAGAGAGUGGUGGAUAAUCCCAUUUACCUGAGCGACAUGGGGGCGGCACUGACCGGCGCAGAAUCACACGAGCUACAGGACGUCCUGGAGGAAACAAACAUUCCCAAGCGACUGUACAAGGCACUUUCUCUGCUGAAGAAAGAAUACGAGCUGAGUAAACUACAGCAGCGUCUCGGCAGGGAGGUUGAAGAGAAGAUCAAGCAGACGCACAGGAAGUACCUCCUCCAGGAGCAGCUGAAGAUCAUUAAGAAGGAGCUCGGCCUGGAGAAAGAGGACAAAGACGCCAUCGAGGAGAAGUUCAGGGAGAGGCUGAAGGAUCGGACCGUACCUCAACACAUCAUGGAUGUAAUUAACGAGGAGCUGAACAAACUGGGACUGUUAGAUAACCACUCCUCAGAGUUCAACGUUACCCGUAACUACUUAGACUGGCUGACCUCCAUGCCAUGGGGCACCAACAGCGAGGAAAACCUGAAGUUGGCUCAAGCCAGAGAGGUGUUGGAAGAGGACCACUAUGGAAUGGAGGAUGUCAAGAAACGCAUUCUGGAGUUCAUAGCCGUAAGCCAGCUAAGAGGCAGCACACAGGGAAAGAUCUUGUGUUUCUAUGGGCCUCCUGGAGUUGGAAAGACCAGUAUCGCCCGCUCGAUCGCCAGAGCCCUUAAUCGCGAAUACUUCCGCUUUAGCGUGGGAGGCAUGACAGAUGUGGCGGAAAUUAAAGGCCACAGGAGAACAUAUGUUGGUGCAAUGCCAGGAAAAAUCAUCCAAUGUCUAAAGAAAACUAAGACUGAAAACCCAUUGGUCCUUAUUGACGAGGUCGACAAAAUAGGCCGAGGUUACCAGGGUGACCCAUCUUCGGCACUACUUGAGCUUUUAGAUCCAGAACAGAACGCUAACUUUCUUGACCACUACCUGGAUGUGCCCGUUGACCUGUCUAAGGUGCUUUUCAUUUGUACAGCCAAUGUUCUCGACACCAUUCCCGAACCCUUAAGAGACCGAAUGGAAAUGAUCAACAUAUCAGGUUACGUUGCUCAGGAGAAACUGGCCAUUGCGGAGAGAUACUUGGUACCCCAAUUGCGAACUCUAUGCGGUUUGGAUAAGGAGAAGGCGAAAAUCACCCCCGAUGCUCUGAGUGUCCUCAUCAGACAGUACUGCCGGGAGAGCGGCGUCAGGAACCUUCAGAAGCAAGUCGAGAAGGUGUUCCGGAAAGUAGCGUUCCGGAUUGUCAACGGCGAGGAAACGGAGGUCAACGUCACUCCGGAGAACCUUCAGGAUUAUGUCGGGAAGCCCAUCUUCACUGUGGACCGGAUGUAUGACGUCACACCGCCGGGAGUUGUCAUGGGACUGGCGUGGACGGCAAUGGGUGGCUCGACGCUCUUCAUCGAGACAUCUCUGAGGCGACCGAGAGAACCGCAAGGGAAAGAUGGUUCCAAAGAGGGAUCGCUGGAGCUCACCGGGCAGCUGGGAGACGUGAUGAAAGAAAGCGCCAAGAUUGCGUUCACAUUUGCCCGCUCGUUCCUCAUGAAGGAACAACCUGACAACGAUUUCCUUGUGGGCUCCCACAUACACCUCCAUGUGCCUGAGGGUGCAACUCCCAAAGACGGGCCGAGUGCCGGAUGCACUAUUGUGACUGCUUUGCUGUCCUUGGCCACCAACACACCAGCGCGUCAGAACGUGGCCAUGACGGGAGAAGUGUCCCUGACCGGGAAGAUCCUGCCUGUUGGAGGAAUCAAGGAAAAGACCAUUGCUGUAAGCUAGCAGAGACGAAGACCACACUGUGUUUCCAAACAAACAUUUUACUGCAGGUUUAAUGCAAUAUGAUUGUUUCAAUA